GUCAUAGUUAGGGAAAACCAAUACAGUGUCGAGAGUUGGGAGUAUAUUGAUUGCAAUGACGCAGACGCCGAACCAGCACCGAACAGCUCACCUGAUAUCGGAUACCCCUCCGCAACUGACGCCCCAGACAACAUACGCAGUUACUCCUGGGCUUGGUCAAUCACCGAACAUGGAAGGAGCACACCGUCAGUACCCACAUUUGGUUCCUCCAUCAGAAGGAGUGUCCCCUCUACGUCUUGCUGGUCUAGAUCCACUCCACACCGCGGCAGAGCAGAGAGGACAGGGAGCUCCAAGGAUGUUGACCACGCAUCAGGUCAAGAGCGUGCCAACAUUUAGCGGGAAGGAGCGACACGGCCCCCGACUGGAGGACUGGAUCCGGGAUAUGCGGUUCCUCCUUGGAUGCAAGGGGACAGCCCCAGGGAUCCUCCAGUUUCAUGAGGCUGUCAGCCACACAGGAGGAAAAGCGAGAGAUGUGCUGCUGAACCUUGAGAGUAGGACACCAGAGGGUCUAGACGCGGAGAAAGCCUUCGUCGAGCUGCUGGAAGAAUACGGGGAAGACAAAAGUGCCCUGUCUCCCGUGGCCAAAUUUUACGCCAGGGUGCAGCGGGGAAACGAAACCCCAAUGGAGUUCGCCAUUGGAUUGGAAUCGACCUUGAGGGAGGUUGAAGAGACGAGGCGGCGCCGGGGACAGAAGUCCGAGGAAGAGAGCCGAGACAAGAUGUUGGCAACCCAGUUCAUGGUGGGUUUGAAGAACCUACACUACAAGCAGAGAUUGGCGCCGAUGCAACCGAGGUUUAUGGCCUUCCGGGACGUGCGCCGGGAACUUCACAUUAUUGAAGAAGAGGAGAGGCAGGCAGCAGACCUCAGACGACAGCAGACGUCCUUCUCAAUGAGCGAGGUGGCUCAAAGCCUGCCCCAAGUUAAGGCCCUGGGUAAAGACGUAAAGGGGCCAGCCCAACCCGUGAAGGAGGUUGUCCCGGUCCCACUCGGGCCAAACGACCCCAACACUCCGAUAAUCCAGCAACUCAUGACGCAACAACUGGAGGAGAUGAAGGGGAUGCAUCGUGGUCAGAUGGAGGCCUUAGACAGAGUUCUCCAGGAGCAACGCCAACAUGGUCAACGCCUUGCACGACUAGAGGGUGCUGUUUUCCAACAUCAGCCCACCCGUCAGCCCCAAUCGGGCAAACCCCCAUAUACUGGAUGUUUCAACUGUGGAGAUCGCCGACAUCUAGCAAGAAAUUGCCCCCAGCUUAACCACAGUGAGCAACCACAGCAGCAGCAGGCCCCCACCACUCAGCCUAUGUUAAACGGACAAAACCUGCGGAUGUAGGGCAGUCGGCGGGUUUAACAGGGAAGAGCCCACUUAACACUAAUACAUAUACAUCCAUCAAUAGCCAUGUGAAAGAGGACCGAACGAGUGGUGUGGAGAGGACAGCUGAGAUACCAGAAGCUGGGCCUGUCAACAGAACAGAGAUUGGGUUCUCUGGAAUUCAUUGUUUCGCAUUAAUAGAUACAGGUUCGCAAGUAACCACGGUGACCAAUGAAUUCAUCCAGAGAUAUCCUGAGCUCAGACUCCAACCACUCCGUACCUCCGACGUGUCCAUUUUAGGAGCCGGAGGACAAGUUGUCCAACACCUAGGAGUCAUAACGGUCGAUGUACAUGUUAUGGGUCAACAUAUCCGAGGGGUUCCGGCCUUUGUUGUUCCGGCAACUUCGUUCCGCCUUGACACCCCUGUACUCAUUGGCACCAAUGUCAUACGUGCCAGUCGGGACAGGAUGAAGGGCUCU